CAGCGAGCCAGGAUUGGAAGGCAUACGAGGGGAGGAGCCAUUGUGAAAUGGAGAAGCGGGAUGGAAGUAGCUGCGGCUUCAAAAAGGAAACUGUGAACAAGCUGCUCCAGCACCACUUCAAAGAUGACAAAACACAAGUCAGUGAUGAUGCCCUGUUGCUGGUGGCAGAAUUGCUGAAAGUGUUUGUUCGAGAGGCUGCAGCCCGAGGAGCCCGCCAGGCUCAGGCAGAGGACCUGACCAAAGUGGAUGUGGAGCACGUGGAAAAAGUGCUGCCCCAGCUGCUUCUGGACUUCUAGAGAGUGGACAACACGGUGCAAUAUUCCUGUCAGCACAGAAAUGUCGCCUGGGCUCUGGAUGAAGUGGACCACAAACUUAAAAAAAAAUAACAUGGAAUCUGUUGCAAAGGCGCUACAGUUUUGGCAGCUCUUCUUCCCUCUUCUGAAGCUGCUGCCCUCUCUCCAUCUUUUUCCAAGGUGCCCAGUACUUUUAGAGUGAUGCUUUGAAAGAGCUUAGAGUCUGUCUUUUCACAACAGAAGGUCUGGAGCAGAGGAUACCUGGCCCAAGCUGCCUGUUCCCAUUCACAGCCAGGCAGAGUCUACACUUUCUUUUCCGAUGGGAAAAACAGGUGCCUUUCUGUAGGGGUGUGUGGAAAGAGUGAGUAUUCCUGGAAGACUUCCCCACACCAUGGGCUCUCAUCACCUCAGCAGGCAUUUAAAAGGCCAACCCCAGGCCUCUCUGCUGUCUGAGCUCUUAAACAGGAGCUAGCCCCAGGUCUAUGCCAAUAGCAGGUACCUGAUCUUUGUUUUAUAAAUAAACAGUGCCUGUCCCUCAAUCCUUUCCAGCAUUCCACUGGGGCCAUGACAUCAAAGACUGCUUGGAACCUUUUAACCAUUUGAUAUUUCUCUCAGAAGCUGCUUCCCUCUGCUAUAAAUUUGUUCUCACAAAGAAACUUCAAUAAAUCAAAAAUAGUCUCCCUCCCUUGUGCGGGCUUCUUGUUGCAAUUAAUCAUAGAAAGUCAAGUAGCUUCAAAGAGUUUUUUUGGCCUCUCCCCACCCCCUCUUUGUAGGACGAAAGAAAAACUUUCAAAAAAGGGGCAGAAUAACAAACAGCAUGUGUGAGGAUCCCACAUCACGCAAGGCCUAGCCCCUCUGUCAGCAGGGAGUGUGGGGGUGGGGAGGGGGGGUGGGAGCUAUGAAAUAGUAAACCUUACACAUGGAGGGCAGGGCGUAGCUUAAUGAGUCUGGUUCCAUGGAGAAAUAAAACCGAGGCCCAGAGAGGGAGAAGCAGCUGCCUGUGGCACUACUGGAUGUCACAUCAAAUCCAGGAAAGCAACAAUACUGCUCCGGUGGUGGUGGAUGCGCGCUUGCAGUUAAGUAUCCCAAGAGGCUAGCUCCUGCAUGGUUGCAGUGAGCACAGACAAAAGAUCCCUAAUACAGCUAGCAGAGGCUGGGAUACUGUUGCUUUUCAGUGCAGAUGUGAUUUUGGUCGCAUGCAAACAGAUCCACCCACAGAAAGGCCUGUUUCCUCCUCUUGCAUGAUGUAUUUUGUCUGCUCCUUUGACAGCCCCACAGCCGCAUCUGAAGCAGAGUUACAUUUUUAAAGCUCACUGGCUUCAACAUAAGGGUAUCAGUCAGCUUAAGAUGGACAGUCAACAACAGGGAAAGUGCGCCCAGUGCACGUCCUGCGCCCUCUAAGCCCCCUGUAAUGCCCUGUCCUGUCCCGUCCUGCCCCUGCCACACCUCCACAGGGGUGCGCGCCUGGUGCGUUGCACACACCCCAUCCCCUUUGUGCUACGCCUUUGGUCAACAAUGGCUUGAUGUUUUUUUAUCACUGAGUUGGAAGGGUCACCUAGUCCAACCCCUUGUCAAUUCAGGAGCUGUAUGAAGUGCCAUUAAGUGUAAAAAACAGUAUGAUUUACCUAAGCUUCCAGUGAGAGCUAUCUCAUCAACCACCAUACUGAUCAUGCAGGUGCUUUGUAUAAAAUAGGCUAAGUUAACAUAGGAAUAUGUAUAUACAUAGGUAUAUGUAUAUAUAACAUAGGUAUAAGUAUAAAAUAGGCUACACAAAGUUAACUUGAUUCCUGUUAAACAGGUACUUUGUAUGUACUAUGCAACAGUGAAUACAGAUUUAAGCACCCAUGUGUUCAUACCGAAGACGAAUUUAAAACGGAUGGGGUUUCUGUUUUAAUACAUUUACACCCUUGAUUUUAAUUUAGGUUUUCUUGUUUAGAUUCAGUUUUUCUUUGGCAAAACCAAAUGGCAGUCCCAAGCUUGGCACUGAGAAAGAGAGGAGCAUUAGGAUGUCGCUGUCCUUCAAAAGUUGAACAGACCUAAACGUUCUGCAUUCCCUGAAUGGCAGAGAAGAAGUGGGCACUUCUGGUUCACUAGUAGCAGGCUUGUCCUUUGAGGGCUAAACAACGCAGUGAGGUUUCUAAGUUGGGUCCAAAAUAGCCCAGACCUGACUUUCUUUUCUCACAGCAGGUUCAGGGAACAAUAUUUUGAUGGCCUGAAGGACCUGAUUUCACUUGGAUCAAUAGUGUGGAGGGGUUCCUCCCUUUCCCUCGUUGCUAUAUUUCAGCUCUGGAAAAUGGCACAGGGGGAAUAAGGCCCUCCUCCCUUAAUACAACAGUUCCAAGCUGACUCAGGCCUCUGCAGGCUUUUAAGAUGCCAUUCUCCUAAGCCAGGAACCCAGGGCCACCUUGUUAGAAAUUGUCUUGCAUAGUUUGGCUGGCAGUGACCAUGCCACGCUGAGUUUUGCUGGACAUGCUCCAUUAUAGAGGAAAUGAGCUUAGUCAAAUAAGAACACGGUGAAUGAGGUAAUUAGCAGCUUGAAGGCAGGUGAGGUUGCUUAUCAGCCGUCUCAUCCAGACACAACAUACUAGCCAUACUCUGUACAAGUUAGUCACUCUAAACCUUCAUUUGAAAACAAUUAGGAUUUUCAUUCUGGGAAUCUAGCAAUGAUCCUACCGCAGUCUCUCUAAACUCAGCAGGCUUCCUCUUUACCCCCAUCUGUGGCUAAACAGAAACUGUUACAAGAUCUAUUAAUAUCUCCAGUCUGGAAGAAAGACAGAGCUGAGCUUCCUCAUUGGCACACAGGCCCCAUUCUCCUCUACAAGGCCAGAAAUUCACAGUAGUCUGUCUAAAGCCUAAUUCACCUUUUCCCCUGGAAGAACCAACAGGAAGCACUGCACAUGCAAAUGUAAAAGCGUAGAAACAACUGUCAGUCAGGAAAAAGGCAGGCUACUGUGAUCUGCAACUUUAAAAAAGAAUAAUAUACUGUCUGUGUGUCAGGAUGAGAAUCAGUGGGAUAAGGAAGAGAAACAGAAGAUCUCUUGGCCCAAAGUUGAGAUGUAGCUUGGGAGAAGACACCUCAGGUAAAGGCAAGCAACUCAAUGCAAGUCCAGCAGUGUAUGAGUUAAUGCUUCAGAACAGAACUAAAGAAUUAAGGGAUCAUUCAAAACUGGGAGUAGGUAGCUGUGUCUACAGGGCACAAAUUGUAGUAGUGCUGCGUUUUGUUUUCAUUUUUAAAGGAAUAUCUUCUAACUAAUGUAUAUUGUGCUUAAAAUAAAAGCCAUUUGUCAGUC